AUGGGAUGGAGUUGGUUGCUCGCAGUGUUGGUCCGAGGCUGGUGGAGCAGAGACGUGACGCCCAAGGAGUCACAGGGAGGAGAGUACCUGACCCUCCUAGGAGACAAGAGGGUGUUAGUGAAGGUGAGCCGAACGUGUGAGAGCAUCGAGGCCGAUGUGUCGCUCCUCCUCUCCAAGUUUCCCACUGUCGUCGGUCUCGAUGCAGAGUGGUGCUCGGGUGAAGCUGCGGAUCGCAGGCUACUGACAGCCAGGAGGACGGGAGCGAAGAGAGCGGAGAUCUACGAGUGUCUGUACUGCAGGUCUUCCGCACCGUGUCGGCUCCACAGACUUGGGCAGCUGCUGAGUGAGCUGAGAUCAAACUCGCUCACUGUUCUCCUUCCCCAGGAUGCGGAGAGGCUGGAGAAGACGCUGGGGGUCAAGACAAGCCUCUACAAUGUCGAUGCUUUCGGCUUGAAGUCUCUUGCCAAGCACUUCUCCAUCGACUUGAGGAAGGACAGGCGCAUCACGACGAGUGACUGGCAAGCAGAAACGCUGGGCGAGGAACAAGUCUUGUAUGCCGCUGAAGAUGCGCUCGUGAGUGUCUUCCUGUACAUGGACCCACAAGGGAGGCAGCUCAGCAACAUCAAGAUCGACAGGAUCCUCUGGUACAUCAACCAUGAGCUCGCAGAUGUUGUUCACAGCCCUGGAUGUGCUGAAGAAGGGAGAGGGAAGGCCGGGCAAACCACUCAGCACCAGCAAGACAGCGAUCCUGACGGCGGCAGGCGCAAUCGGCAGAGGAAGAACAUCGUCGAUCUGAACGAGCUGAGCUGUAGCUGCAUGGAGGGAAGGCAGUUUGCUAUCCGCCUGCGUUUCGAGCCCAAGGGGAGAGGACACGAAGGGAACGAGUACUACCUGUCGAGCAAGGAGAACAUCUGCGUUCGAUGCGGGAGCGGCCAGGGGCUGCACAGGCACAGCGUCGUACCGCACUGUUACCGUCGUCACUUCCCGGAGGUGUUGAAAAGCCGCUCCAGCCACGACAUCGUCCUGCUGUGCACGGCAUGUAUGCAACUCGCCGACAUGAAGGCGAACGAGCUGAGGAGAGAGCUUGCUCUCGAGUGCAGUGCACCGCUCCAUUCCAGCCGAUCAGAAGUUGAGAUGAGGGACAAGGAAGCGGUCAGGGUCAGGGGAGAGAUACCAGAGGAGAGGAAGGAAGAGCUGAGAAAGAUCGUACGAACGUUCGUCAGAGAACAUCUGCAGGAGCUGCAGCCGGAGGAGCUCGACCUGUCGGAUCGGCAGCAGCUGCAAGAUCUCUCCAGUCAGCUGUCGUCUGUCGAAUUUUCUCCUCCUCCUCCUCCUUCCGGUCCCUCCCAUGGGGAGCUAGUGGUCGCAGCUCAGGUGGAUUUGUGCGCCUUCAUUCGAAGAUGGAGGACGAUGUUUCUCGAAUGGCUUGACCCUCAACAUCUCCCUCGAGGAUGGGGCGUGUGGAACCCUCUGCCCGGUGAUUCUUGA